UAGUAUUAAUUGAACCUGGCCUAGAUUGAAAUCGGGCUAAGCAAACAGCACGCAUGUGAUCUCCACAAUGCCGCUCGAAUCCGGUCCUUUUCGCUGGUGCACCCGCGGUACGGUCACACUUUAGCUGACACACGGUGCGACUCUACAGCUGUUAGCUGACACCAUGGGCAAGCCGACGGUGUUUGAGAUAAGUUAUGACCAGCCUGAUGGGGUGUAUUACUCUGGUAGUAAAGUGAGCGGCUAUGUUAAACUGGCCUUUGAUGAGCCCACACGGGUUAGAGCAAUCAGCAUUCGCUUUAAAGGCCAGGCCGAUGUGAUGUGGAAGGUAGGCAAGCAGUACUACAAAGGUAUAGAGCCGUACUUUGAACAGACGCUGAUGCUUCUAGGUGUAGCGCCGUCACAGAACCAGACGGAACAAGAACUACCAAGCGGACCCCACAGCUUUCGAUUCGAGUACCAGCUUCCGCACGGCCUGUCCUCGUCUUUUCAGGAAACCGGCGGUAAGGUGAAGUACUCAGCCACCUGCUACCUCAUCUGGUCUGGGAGUUUGAACAAAAAGUUAAAAGUGCCGUUCACCGUCGUCGGCUUUCUCGACCUCAACACCAUUCCAACCACGCCACUUCAAGGUACAAGCGAGAAACAGCUGUGUUGUUGUUGCUGUAGGUCUGGCCCCAUCAAGGCCACACUUAACAUUGAGAAGAACACCUUCGUCCCCGGUGAGGCCAUCAAAAUCUUUGCUCAAAUCAACAACGGCUCAAGCAGAAGGAUCGUCGAGUCCAACGCAGCUUUAAACCUGGUGUUCACUUUAAAAGUUUACGACGACAAACGUAUUGACUCCAGGGAGAUCGCUAGGGUAAGACGACCUGGGAUAGCCCCACACGGGAGCGAUGUCUGGUCGGGUGAGGAACUUGUGAUCCCGCCCACUCCACCUUCAUUUCUACCUGGCUGCAACAUCAUUGACGUCAAAUACAUUUUACGGCUGCAUGUGGUCCCAGCAGGCCCCACCCUAGGGGUGCGCGUACCUUUAGAGAUCAUCAUUGGGACCAUUCCUAGGGUCAUAACUACACAGCCCAUUGGUCCGUCUGAUGUGCACUGGCCUGUGGUACCAGAGACUUACUAGAUGGACAUUGACUGAUGCGGUUUUCAUCUAAAACUGAACAGCUUGAAAGAGGAUGUUGUUAAUAUGUCAAGCUCUUGACUCGAGCCUCAAAGGGAAAUUAUAUAAGCAAGCUAUUUUUGUAAAUACUGUUAUGAUAAUUUACUUCAACUAAGUAAUCUAAAAACAAAAAAUG